ACAUGGUACUUAUAUACCGGCAGCUGGCUAGUUCAACUGCACCUGAAGAGGCAAAUUGAGGUCGAUAACCAGCCAUGGAGAAACGCAUCGGCGCCGCGAUCCUGCUGACGCUUUCGCUCGUCGCCGCUGGCUUUGCCGGCGAGGUGGACGCCACUAUUCGCCUCCCUAGCGACGGCCAAGGUCUCGAGGAGGCGAAGACGAGGCCGUGGACGUGCUGCGACGAUCUCAGAGAACUCCCCAAGAUCCCGCCUAUCUUCUCGUGCGAGGACAAGGUCGAGCAGUGCGCCGACGCCUGCAGGUACUGCGAGGAGGACGAAGAUAACCCUUCACUCAGCGUCUGCGCAGACCUGUACACUGGUUACGACCCGGGACCCAGAUGUACCGAGGAGGACAACAGCGAAGCUGCGGCUGCUGCUGAUCAUAACCUGGCAAUGCCCGCAGUGGAGGAGACGCUGGUAGAGAAGGCAAAGGAAGAAGAAAAGGAGGAGGAGGGACCGCCAUGGAAAUGCUGCGUCAGGAUCUUCUGCAAGUGGUCACCGCCGCCGAUGCCGCUAACCUGCCGCUGCAAGGACACCGUCAAGCAUUGCGCCAGCGCCUGCAAGAGCUGCGAGGAAGUCAAUGGCGGCGAGGUCUGCAACGACUGGUACACGGGAGACCCCGAUGCCGCGUGCUACUAGCAUGCUUGCUACUUGCUGCGGCCUCAGCCUGUUCGUGUGUGUAACAAUAAAUAAAAAAAUUGGUUUGUUGGUGUCAUGGCCCUGCUGCAACGCGUUCUACCGAUCGAGAUUGUAUGUAAUCACGGAUCGAUUAUCUCACGCUAUAUAUAUUCUUGCCUAUUACGUACCAGCUGUAACGAUUCUAACCUAAUCUAGACAGUGGGCAUUUUAAAAGCCUGCGUACUGUUAAAAACUUAAAAUGCAUCACCAAUUUCUUGUC